UGAAGAAUGCUGCGGAAUGGCAUCUCCGUAGGGCUCCGUAUGGAGGGCUUGGACGUCCCGGAGAGCUUAAGUACCCCCGGCGGCGGCGGAGGAGGAAACCGAGCCUCGCGGGGGGCCGAGAUAUGAACCUAGGAGGCGGUUUUUGGCUACUAGGAAGUAAUAACUCUACAGAGUCCGUUUUGGACUCCUUGUUUCUCUUUUUUUUUUUUUUCCUUUUCUGUUUUCUCUCCUAUUUCCCUUAUUUGUGCUCUGAAUGUUUGUGCUGCUCACUGGCGUGACGAGGGAAGCUUGGUCUUCUUCACUUCGUUCCACUUUUCCUGCGUCUUUCCCUUCCAGUCUUUCUCGCCUCCGUUCCGGGAUAAAAAGAGGAGAGGAGCUCCGCCUCUAUUGCUCACAGUGCACCACAGGCUGUGAUUCCGACCACAUGGCCCCUUCCAGCUCCUCCGCUACGUUGCCGGAAACAAACCCAGCCGUCGACGAGAGCACGUACCCAACGGCCCCGCAACCCCCCGCCUAUCUCCCGCUCGUCAAGCUCUUCGCUCUCGAUCGUCUCGAUGCCGGUACGGAAUCGCCCAGUGGGCAUAAGUACGAGCGAUUUCGCGCGAAAUACGCGCCCCUGCGACCGCGCGAGUUUAGAGUCGCGUAUGGGGGUUAUGUAUUCGGGCACUCCGCGUACGCAGCAGCAAAAACGGUGGAUAAGGGGAUGCUGAUACACAACAUUACCGGUUCCUUCACGGCUCCAGGCACCGGAUCCAUCCCCUUUACAUUUUACGUCCGCCAUGUCCGCGAAGGCCAAACGUACUGCCUCCGCGCCGUUGACGUCCGUCAGAAGGAAGAAAUCUGCUUUUCAUGCCUUGUUAGCUUCAAGCGCGUUGAGAGCAGUUAUAAUUUCUGCUUUCAGCCUCCCAUGGACAUCGACGGAAGAUACAAGGUGGCUCUCCAGGGAAUCAAGCGGGAAAACCAGCCGCUGGCACCGUCGUUAGAUACACCACAGUGGACCGAGGAGGUGGAGAAGGGCCUUCGUCCGGCCGUGCCGUUCUCGGGUACCGAUAUUAGAAAAGUGAAGAUGAAAAGGUACAACGAGAUGGUUGGGGCGAAGGAGGAUCCGACGCGGUAUCGGCAGGUGCAUUUUUAUAGGUUGUUUGGGCUCCCCGGCGACGAUGAGGAGGGGAGCGGUUACGGCAGGGACGAUAUCGCUGCGCUCCGGGCCCGUGAUGAGGCGGGUGAGUUUGAUAAUUUGCAUAUAUGCGCGCAUCUGUUUGCGAGCGAUAGGAAUUCGUUGUGGUUGAUUGCGUGGGCGCUGAAUAGUGCGCAGCGGGUGAGGCGGAUUGCGAGUUUGAGUCAUACGGUCGUCAUACAUACGCAUGGGCCGGCGAUGAGGAUGAUUGAUUGGGAUAGGUUGGAUGUGCAUCCUGGGGCUGAUGGGACAGCAGAUUUGGGUGAGGGGAGGGGUAGGAAGUGGUUUACUAUCGAGGCGAGGACGACAAGGGCGGGGGAGAAUAGGGCGUUGCAUCAGGGGCAGAUUUGGGGACCGGAUGGGACGCUGGUGGCUACGACAGUGCAAGAUGGACUACUAAGGGUGUGGGAUGAUGGGGUGAAGCUGUGA